AUGGGAAGGAAUCUCUAUGCCCCGUAUACUGACCCACGUGCUAAUAGUGUUAGGAAGUCGACCAAAAUAGCUUAUUGGGAUACAGAGUGUGUCCUUAGUGAAUUUCCAGAAGAAGGAACCAGCGAUCUCUCCGACUUUUACCUCUUUAUGUCAUCAAGCAAUGAAAACGCAAUUUCAGAAAAGAUCGACGACAAGUUUCCGAUGCAAGGCGAUGCCACAGAUGAUCUUAGAAGAUCCCCAGUUCUGACCGUUUCGGAUCCGAAAAUUAGCUCUAUGCCUCUGCUAUCUGGUCUUAUCUCGGCAGAUUUUAAUGGCAAAACCGAGGUCUUUGGUGCUGAGGUUUGUUCAUACGCUACCACCGCGAAUGUCGAUAUUGUUGACGGCAAUUCUCCAAAUAGAUCUUUAAAUGGGGGUACCGAGCUUCAAAAUACAUUCUCUGGCGAACGGCAAGCUUCUUGUACCAAAUCCAUCGAAAAAAAGAAAAAGAGAGCAAAAAAAGAACCUGUCUCGCCAACGAUUCGCCCUGACCCCUCGUGCUUUAUGUUGACCCGAGACGGGUAUUAUUACGACUAUAGAACGGCAUACUACUACCAAUUUGAUCGGAAUUGCAACAUGUAUUUCCCAAUAUCGGCACCGUCAAUUCUCUCAAAGGGGAAAGAAUCUGUCUCGUCGCAACCAGAGGGAUCCAUAUUUGCUUGUUUGCUUUGUAAAAAAUCGUUCUCCUCACAACGGCAACUGGACAUUCACAAGGACAAGUCAGAAAUACACAAGGUUACUCGUCCAUUUUCACCUUUAGAACAAUGCGCUACUUUAUACCGAAACAGAGAAGGACAAAAAAGUUGCUGCAAGCCCGAGCUUAUCUUCUGGAAUUGGGUCUAUCCUAAUGAAAAGCAUGGGGUGGAAGGAGGGCGAGGGCUUGGGUCCCAGUGGCAGUGGAAUAACAGAGCAAUUGAUGCCAAUUUAUCAGCUUUCAAAGCUAAUCCAAAAUCGAAACGUAUAAAUAGGAUCUCGUUUCUCGAACCUCACAACAUGUCUCAACAUUCGAAAUCUCUUUUGGUCAUUCUCACAAACUCCAGCAAGCUUUCCCAUGAAAGCGAACCAUCCCCUACUUCCCAUGUAACUGGAUUUGAUAUCAAGGAGGUCGCCUAUAUCUACAUGAAGCUUACAAAGAACUUUAAGGCUCCCAUUACUUUUGCCACCCCUCGCGGAGGAGAGGCCCCUAUUGAUCCCAGCUCAAGAAAGGAAGGUGAAAAGGAUGAAAUCGUCCGCGAAUUCCUUCGUGACAGCUCCCUUCAAAGCAUGUUCCGCUCGACCACUUCCCUCGAUGAGAUUCGUCCUGAAGAUUACUUCUGGGUUCUUAUUCCUGGAAAGCAUGGUGCCAUGAUGGAUCUCUCUGAGAAUUCCACUCUUCGCCGUAUUCUCAGCACCAUCUAUAAUGACAACCAGGGAUACAUUGCGACGAUUGGACAUGGUGUCUCUGCCCUCCUUUGUUGCCAGACUGGAGAGGGAUCUUCCAAAUUCGGCCCUAACUUUUUAAAGAACCGUUCGCUUACGGGCCCCACCAACGAAGAAGAGUCCAUGCUGAAGAUGGAUAAGCUAGUCCCCUAUCUUAUUGAAGAUCGUCUCCGUGAAUGUGGUGCCAAGUUUGAGAAAGAGUCCCCCUUCAAGCCAUUCGUUGUCGUAGACGAGCGUCUUGUCACCGGCCAGAAUUGUAACAGCGUCAAUCAGUGGAUUGAACACAUAAUUGAUCUGUGCCCCAGCCACAGAAAACAAU